GCCGGGUGCAGGCUGAUAACGCUAAGCAGGAGGGGACUGGUCAAAUCCCGACACCUGGGUCAGGGUUUGAGGCGCCCCCUCCCGGCCAUCCAGGAGCUCAGGCCCCGCCCUCCUCCUCCCCCGGCCCCCCCAUCCCCACCCCCGCCCAGCCCCCGCCGCAGCACUUCCGGCAGGCGCUGCGCUGCUGGGGGGCGCGGGCGAGGAUGGCGGCGGAGAACGAGGCCAGUCAGGAGAGCGCCCUGGGCGCUUACUCGCCGGUGGACUACAUGAGCAUCACCAGCUUCCCGAGGCUGCCGGAGGAUGAGCCGGCGCCCGCGGUCCCUCUGAGAGGCCGCAAGGACGAGGAUGCCUUCCUGGGAGACCCGGAUACCGACCCGGACUCCUUCCUGAAGUCGGCGCGGCUGCAGCGGCUGCCUUCGUCGUCGUCGGAGAUGGGCAGCCAGGACGGGUCGCCGCUGCGAGAGACUCGCAAAGAUCCGUUCUCCGCGGCGGCGUCCGAGUGCUCCUGCCGCCAGGAUGGGCUCACGGUGAUCGUCACGGCCUGUCUCACCUUUGCCACCGGGGUCACUGUGGCGCUUAUCAUGCAGAUCUACUUCGGGGACCCCCAGAUCUUUCACCAGGGCGCUGUGGUGACUGAUGCCGCCCGCUGCACAUCGCUGGGCAUAGAGGUGCUCAGUAAACAGGGAUCCUCCGUGGACGCGGCUGUCGCAGCGGCGCUGUGUUUGGGGAUCGUGGCUCCACACAGUUCUGGUCUGGGCGGUGGGGGAGUGAUGCUGGUACAUGACAUCCGACGAAAUAAGAGCCACCUAAUUGAUUUCCGGGAGUCUGCACCUGGGGCUCUCAGGGAAGAGGCCCUGCAGAGAUCCUGGGAGACCAAGCCCGGGCUCUUGGUGGGGGUUCCCGGAAUGGUGAAGGGGCUACAUGAAGCUCACCAGCUCUAUGGCAGGCUGCCAUGGUCUCAAGUCCUGGCCUUUGCCGCAGCUGUGGCCCAAGAUGGCUUCAACGUGACCCAUGAUCUAGCCCAAGCCCUGGCCGAACAGCCACCACCCAAUGCGUCUGAUCGCUUCCGUGAGACGUUCCUGCCGAUGGGCCACCCGCCACUACCUGGCUCUUUGCUGCGACGGCCUGACCUGGCAGCUGUGCUGGAGGUGCUCGGCACCUACGGCCCCGCCGCCUUCUACGCAGGUGGCAACCUCACGCUGGAGAUGGUGGCCGAGGCUCAGCACGCAGGGGGUGUCAUAACUGAGGAGGACUUCAGCAACUACAGUGCCCUCUUGGAGAAGCCUGUGUGUGGCGUGUACAGAGGCCACCUGGUUCUCAGUCCCCGACCCCCACACACAGGCCCUGCCCUCAUCAGUGCUCUCAACAUCCUCGAGGGCUUCAAUCUCACCAGCCUGGUAUCCCGGGAGCAGGCUCUUCACUGGGUGGCAGAGACCCUGAAGAUUGCAUUAGCUCUGGCCAGCAGACUGGGAGAUCCCAUCUACGAUUCUACCAUCACUGAGAGCAUGGAUGACAUGCUCAGCAAAGUGGAGGCUGCCUACUUCCGGGGCCAGAUCAAUGACUCCCAGGCAGCCCCUGUCCCACUCCUGCCCAUCUAUGAGCUCAAUGGGGCUCCAACGGCUGCCCAGGUGUUGAUCAUGGGCCCUGAUGACUUCAUUGUGGCCAUGGUCAGCUCCCUGAACCGACCCUUUGGCAGCGGCCUCAUCACCCCCUCGGGGAUCCUGCUCAACAGCCAGAUGCUGGACUUCUCUUGGCCCAACAGGACUGCUAACCACCCUGCACCCAGCCUGGAGAACUCGGUGCAGCCAGGGAAGCGGCCACUGUCUUUUCUGCUGCCCACUGUGGUCCGGCCAGCAGAAGGACUCUGUGGAACCUACCUUGCCCUGGGGGCCAAUGGAGCUGCCCGGGGCCUCAGCGGCCUGACCCAGGUACUGCUGAACGUCCUGACCUUGAACCGGAACCUGAGUGACAGCCUGGCCCGUGGUCGCCUGCACCCAGACCUGCAGACCAACCUCCUGCAGGUGAGUUCACAGAGGAAGAGAUUGAGUUCCUGGAAGCCAGGGGUCACCACGUGGAGAAGGUAGAUGUCUUAUCCUGGGUCCAUGGCAGCCGGAGAACCAAUAACUUCAUCAUCGGUGUGAAGGACCCUCGGAGCCCAGAUGCAGCCGGAGCUACCAUCCUGUAGAGCAGCGGGGUGGGGCGGGAGUCUCUGCUCCCUGCCUUUGCAUGUUCCUAGAGUCCCUCCUUCUCCCAGGUUUGGUCUCAGAGGGACCCCAGGGAUGCCCCAGAUCAGGGGCCAGAGGGGAUGCUUAGCAAACCCUAUCCCAGAGUAACAGGAAAAUUCUCCAUCUGGAGGCCUGUGGUGGUGGCAGUGGUGGUGGCAGUGUCCACAGGACCUUGAGGAGUCAGACUGUCUGUCUCCUUUCCCUCAGCCAUGCAGGCCCUGAGCUUAGGGAUGUGCUUGCAAACCCUUUUCAAGAGUCCUCACCACCCCAACAUUGCCAGUUGGGCCUGACCUGGCCUUGUCUUCCAGCUCCUUUCUCGUGUCCCCAGCCUCAUUUCUUAAAUGACUAGGAUUUUUUUUUAAUGGACCAUCCUAGGGAAGUGAGCGGGGGAGGGCUCUUCUCCUCCUCCCAUCAGGUUGAGGUGGGGGCCUUACAUCUGGGGGGCCCCAGGGUAUGGGGUA